AAACAACACAUUCAACACGUUCAGAAGAUCAGCUUACAUGAAGGAUCCACUAAGCGGACUCAGACAUGGCACGUCUGGCCCUCCCUGUCCUCCUCGUUCUUUGCUUCUCCUUGCUCCACUUCAGCUCCAGCCGUCCAUCUCGUACCAGGAAGGCUGUGUCGUCUCGUCAGUCCGGAGCUGCUGCAGAAGAAGAUGAUGUGAAGUCCCAGCUGGAGAGGUUGUGGCAGGAGGUGAACUCACUGAAGGAGAUGCAGGCGUUGCAGACAGUCUGUCUCAGAGGCAUCAAAGCUCACAGGAAAUGUUAUCUCACAAUCGAGGAGCCCAAACACUACCAUGAAGCAAACGAAGACUGCAUUGCACAAGGAGGAACUCUUGCAACGCCACGGGACAUGAUGGAAAACAAUGAACUGAGAGACUAUGCAAAGAGGAGCGCCCCAGGAUCCAAGGACUUCUGGAUCGGCGUAGCAGACAUAGUGAAAGAAGGCCAGUAUGUUGAUGUCAACAGCCUGCCAGUCAGCUACUUCAACUGGGACCGCUCCAAGAAGCAGCCCACAGGAACGAAGAGGGAGAGCUGUGUUGCUCUUUCAGUGGUGGCACAGGGAAAGUGGUACGAUGAGGUGUGUCGCAGCCUCAAAAAGUACAUCUGUGAAUAUGUCAUCCCCUGAGAAGACAGGAGUGGGUAUUGGCAACUUGGUGAUCACUUAUACGGGUCAUUGAUUAAAAAUGUGUUGUCAAAUCUGUGCUAAUUCAUGUGUCUCUAUGGUAUAUGAUCAGGUUGAUAAUUGUCUUUAAUACACACUGUGGUAGCCUCAUUAUCAAACUAAACUAACAGACCCAUAUAAUACAUUUUCUGAUUUACUGACUGAAAAGGCGACAUGUAUAGUCUUGUACUGCUAAACUAAUACUAAAAUACUACAGAUGAAUGUAUCACUAUAAGUGUAUUGCUGUGUAUGACACGAAGGAUAAAAAUGCAUUCCAAUACACUGCAUGAUCUCUACAUAACCCUCUAUGAAACUGUCAAGAGCAGAACAUGCAUCUCUGCUUCCUGCUGGUACAGAUGUCCACUUAUUUGGUGACCAUAAACAAUAAGGAAGUUA